GAGGGGCCGGGAGGGGCUCGGCCGAACCCCGCCCGGCGGCGGCGGGCAGCGGCAGGCCCCCGGGCGUCCGGUGGGCCGUCGGGAGGCGGGGCGGGGGAGGAGGAGAGAGGCCCCGCGCGGGGGGACCGCUACGCGCCAGAUGUUUGGCAGCGGCCGGCGGCCCGAAUCGCUGCCGGGGCGCUGAGUCCCGCCCGAGCCGCUCCGCAGCGAGGCAGGGCCCCGCCAUGGCCCGCACCGCUCCCCCCGCCGCCCCGCCGCCCCCGGGGCCGCCGGCCCGCGGCUCGCUCAGCCUGCACCGCGCCUACCUGCGGAGCCCCCUGGGGCUGCUGCGCCUGGGGCAGCUGGUGAUGGGCGCCGCUUUCUGGGUCACCGUGGCGGCCCACAAGUACGAGGGGGCGGCCCACUUCGCCCUCUUCGCCGCCGUCCUCGUCUGGCUCCUCACCCUGGCCCUCUUCGGCCUCAGCCUGCUGGGGCGCUGGGCGCUGGUGCCCUGGCUGGGCUCCCGCUGGCUGCUCACCAACCUGCUGCACGACCUGGCGCUGGCCGUGGGGCUCUACGCGGCCGCCACCGGCAUCAUGGGCUACAAGGCCGGGCGCAAGAGCUACUGCAACCUGCCGGGCUACAGCCAGCAGUGCCUGUACGGCGCCUACCUGAGCGCCUCCAUCUGCGGGGCCAUCACCGCCUGCCUGUACCUCUUCUCCGGGCUCUACUGCCUGUCACGGCGCUGCCGGGACCAACGCGACAUCAUCUGAGACCCCGCGGCGCUCGGCUCCCCUCCUCCCCGCGCGUGGACGGACCGCAGCCCCCCUUCAGGACACCGUGACCCCGCCGCCUGGCCCCUCCUGGCUGCCUGCACUGCGCUUCCUCCGGAGACUCCCGCACGGAUGGGUGGACAGACAGACAGACAGACAGAGGCCUCCCCCGAGCACGGCUUCCCCCGCGUCCCGCCGGGACAGCGUGGACACCCGCCUGCUGCUCGGGCCCCUUUCGCACCCCUGGACAGAAGGAUGAUGGACGGACGUAGGCGAGUCGAAGGACCCGAACGGGAUGCCCUCGAGCGGGACCCUGAUUUCUGGGAGCCCCGCGGGGCCCUGCCCAACUCCCCUGCCCCAGGCCCCGCAGACGCCCCGUGCUCAGGUGGGUGCCAACGCUGCCCCCAGGGGGAGAGGGAGCCCGGCCUGGAGGAGCCGAGCGAGGGGCAGGGGUGGGCACAGCCCCCCCCAGCAGCCCCUCGUGCCGUGCCCAGCACUUGUGUUGUUGUUCUCUAAUGGAGGCUGAGAUUUCGGCUUCCCCAGCCCGGGCCCCUCCUCCUGCCCAGCCUGAACACGUCUGCUUUCUUCCUGCAACUGCGCGGGGCGCAGCCCCUCCCCGCCCCGCAGACACCCGCGGCCCGCUCCGGAUGCUUGGCA